UUGUCGGACACGCAGUCGUAUUAAUUGAGCGCCUACACACAGAAGAACUACAAGAUGGCGCAGGCUAUAUUUGAAGUCCUGGAAGGGAUGGACAACCAGACAGUUCUGGCUGUCCAGUCUCUGUUGGAUGGCCAGGGAGGUGUGCCUGACCCAAACAGCCAGAACGUCUCCGGCUCAUCUGCCAUUCAGUCAAUGGACGACGAAGACGUCUUUCUUUGUGGGAAGUGCAAGAAACAGUUCAAUUCAUUGCAUGCCUUCAUGACCCACAAGAGAGAGCAUUGCCAGUCCAAUGCCCCCUCCCUGUCUACAGUAUCACUGGCAUCUAGUAAUGCCUACACCCCUGUGCCCUCCAUUAGCUCUGUGCCACAGACCCCCGCCAACAGACAGGUAUCCACAUACAUUACAGUGCCUCCAUCUCCUCUUACUCACACACUUGUCCAAGGCAAUGUUUUAGUGAGUGAUGAUGUUCUGAUGUCUGCCAUCUCCGCCUUCACGUCCAUUGACCAACCCAUGGCAGCUUUGCAGCCCCCUAUUCAGAGUAACCUGAGUAUGCACACAGGUGCAUCCUACCUCCAGCACCAUCAGCAGUCCUCCCACUCUCUCCCACCUGGACAGUCUCAGCCUAUGUCCUCCCAGGUGCUGUCCAGUAUCAGCAACUCAGUGGUCCAGGUCUACAGCACUAUGCCUCAAAUGUCUGUGAGUGGUAGUGCAGAGAUUCACACGCUGGGCUUGCAGCCGUUCCAAUCUGUACAGGUCCCGAGUCAGUGUGUGGCGAGCCAGUCAUUCAACACUCCUCCAGUAUACAGUCCUGGGAAGCAAGGCACCAAGACCAAAACCUGCAGCAUCAAUGCAAACCUAACUGAGCUUGAAGAGUUUGACAAGGUGAUCAUUCCUAAACAACCAAGAAAUGGCAAGAAGGGCCAGGAUGGAGCAGCAGCUGAACAAAUGAAAGGAAAGUCCCAGAAGCUUAAGUGCAAUUUCUGUGACAAAGUCUUCUCCAAAAACUUUGAUCUCCAGCAGCAUAUCAGAAGUCACACAGGGGAGAAGCCUUUCCAGUGCAUCGUAUGCGGCCGGGCCUUUGCCCAGAAGUCUAAUGUGAAGAAGCACAUGCAGACACACAAAGUGUGGCCUUCGGGAGUGGCCAAUUCAGUGUCCAGGCUGCCCAUCACAGUCAAGGUGGUACCACUGUGUGCAGAGGAGGUCAUAGAGCAACAGGAAGAACAGGAGGAACAACAACAGGAAGAGGAGGAGCAGCCAGAAGCCCCAGGUGAGCCCGAGGAGAGAGACUGUGACUCCCAGACUGAUGUGGACAGCUUGGGAGAUGGUGACUGCAAGCAGAAAGGCCAGCAGGCCCAGACCAAGCAGAUUAUCCUGAUCGACAGCUCCUACCAGUGCCAGUUCUGUGCCGGCAAGUUCAGCACCUACUUCCAGCUCAAAUCUCACAUGACCCAGCACAAGGGGGAGCAGGUAUAUAAGUGUGUGGUGAAGACCUGUUCCCAGACAUUCCAGAAGCUGGAUCUGUUCCUGGAGCACAUCCGGACGCACCAGGAGCAGCUCACCUACCGCUGCCACCUGUGUGGCAAAGUGUUCCCCUCGCUGUUUGAGCUGGGGGUGCACCAGUACUCCCAUUGCUUCUGUCCCCAGCAGAACCCACGCAAGGAGACUACUUUCUAUAGGUGCAUGAAAUGCCAAAGCCGGUACGCCACACAAGAGGCCUUGGAGCAGCAUUUAUUAACUGCCUCCCAUAACUUCCCCUGCCCACAUUGCCAAAAGGUUUUUCCUUGUGAGAGGUAUUUCCGACGACACCUGCCCACACAUGGUAUCGGAGGGAGGUUCAAAUGUCAGAUAUGUAAAAAGUUCUUCAAAACCGAGCACUACCUCAAACUGCACACUCGUAUCCACUCAGGAGAAAAGCCAUACAAAUGUUCUGUUUGUGAGGCCAUGUUCAACAGGAAGGACAAGGUGAAGAGGCACAUGCUCAUUCAUGAGCCCUUUAAGAAAUACAAAUGUCCAUUUAGGACACAUGUUGGCUGCACUAAAGAGUUUAACAGACCAGACAAGCUGAAGGCACACAUAUUGUCUCAUUCUGGUAUUAAGCCCUAUAAAUGUGGGUACUGCCAGAAAGCUUUCAGCAGAAGAGCCCACAUGCUGGAGCACCAGCGCUCGCACACAGACAACUAUCGUUUCCGCUGUGCCACCUGCAACAAGGGCUUCACGCGACAGAAGUACUACAGAGACCACAAGUGCCCCGUGGCGGAGAAGAGAGUGAAGAGGCAGGGACACAGGACAGAGGGGAACCAGGAGGCUGAGCAUAGCAGGGAAGAGGUGGAAGAAGAGAGGAUUGAGGACCCUCAGGCAGUGGAGUCAAGUGUUCCAGUUGAGGAUCAGUCAGAGGAGGCAGAGCAGGAGGAGCACUUUGGAGACUGCUGAGUGACACUGGCUGUUUACAGCAGAGCACCCAUGUUUAGAGACAAUGGAUUGUGGAGUUACAUUCAAGCCAAAUCUUGAUCUUGUCCUGAGACUACCUCUGCAUGUGGAAGGGAUUUGAAUCUCACUAUCUCCAAUUAGUGUUUCUAUACGUUUUAUAUUAAAACAUUGAAGCUUGGCACUUUUUCCUGUUAGUGAUUGUUAUUCAGAACAGUGAGAUGCCUCAUCCGUGACCAGACAUGUGAUAAUGUUUUCAUCCUAAUGAAAGCACUUUGACUGUACAUGUGGCAAAAAUACCUUUUUAAACACUCUAUUGUGGACAUUCCUGACUACCUUAGGCACUAAUUAUAUUUUGUGAAACAUUUUAUGUAAUGUAUGAAUCUUGAGGCAUGCACUUGAUGUUUAUUGAAUAAAUUAAGCUGCAUCUAUUCAAAAUGGAUAGCCAUGACUUUCACUCUACAUGAUUGGAACAUUUAUCAUUUGAGCAGAAAUCAAAACAGCAUUUCACCAUAAACCCCUUUUUAUAAAAGGAAAUUCAUUUGUUAUUAACAAUUUACAACAUGGUUUCAUAUACAGGGAUAGCAGUUACGAUACAUCUGGAGACAAAAAUAAAAGGGGCUGGCUUUUUAUUUGCAAUGCAACAAAUGAUUAUUUACACAUUUACUUCCAUGGGAUUUCCAUUCAUAAU